AUGGCGGGAAACUAGGAUGCAUACGUAAAUGUAACCAAAACGUUCAUUUUCGCUCUAGGUAUUUAGAGUUUAGGUGCAAACAAAAACUGUUGUUAUGGCCGUUGUAGAAGAAACGUUUCCUACCGACUGGCCUAAAGAAUGGCAAGAAUUACAGGGUUUGGAUGGCGCCUUGCGAUGUCCGAUCUGCUACGACUUCAUCAACGUGUCCAUGAUUCUGCCAAACUGCUCUCACAACUACUGUUCGCUGUGCAUAAGACGCUACAUCGGUUAUAAGACUCGCUGUCCGACAUGUUCGAUGGCUGUUUCCGAACCAGAACUGAGAAACAAUAGACUCCUGGAUGAUAUUGUGAGACAUUUCCUACAGUUAAGACCAACCCUUUUGAAACUUGUAAAGGCAUCAUCUGAAAAAGCACCAGCUGUCGAAACCCCGUCAAAGCGAAUAGGAGCUGACACCAUCAACCUAAGGGAUGCAAAACGACCUAGGUUGGAAUUGGAACGAAAGCCGAAACAGAAGAACGAAGGAACAGAGGCUAUGAGAGUGUAUGACGAAUCCCAUGGGCUACCACAGCAGCAGCAAAGCGAAGGUGAAAAGACUGCAAGAAUGGACAACAAAAAGCCUCUGUUACCCCAGCAGCAGCAGCAGCAGCAACAGCAGCAGAAGCAGAGGGAUGGGGAGGAAGGUGUAAGGAUUCCCAAUACACCAACACAGUUUCCAGAACAGCAGACGAGUGAGACGACAUCGGAGGCAUCAUUGAGAUUACCGAAGCCAACCACCUCCGUGGUGUAUUCUUCAUCUACUUCAGCAAUUCAGGAGGAGACUGUAACGAGCGUGCCACCUCCCUGUGCGACCAGCACACCAAGUGCCGAGCCUGCUUGUGAAGUGACCUGUCCUGUGUGCAGAGCGUUGGUCAAGCAACACUACAUCAACUUGCAUCUAGAUAAAUGCCUCACACAGCAACAGGAGAGUCUGAAACCACCGGUCAAGUUGCCUGGCCGUCGGCCGUUGCCGAAGCUGGUGUACACGCUGCUAUCGGAUAAGCAGUUAAAGUCUAGACUGAAGGAGCAUGGAGUAUCUACACAGGGAAACAGACAGGUGUUGGUGAGAAGGCACCAGGAGUUUCUGCUGCUCUAUAAUGCAGAGUGUGACUCGCUGCAUCCCCGCCCAGUUCCGGCGCUCGUGGCGGAGGUAGAGAAGGCAGAGAGGGUGAGGAAGGGAACAGUCACGCAGAGCAAGCUUCCUUACCAGCGUGCUGCCUCGCCGUCCAAGCUCGAGAAAAACAAGGAGGAAUACCUGAAAAAGCACGAUUCUCAUUUCGUCAAAAUCAUCACUGCGAUGCGAGAGAGACAGAGAGCGUGUCAGAAACAGACGACGACAGCGUCUGCCAGCAGGGGGCAGCACUGCGCAGCGUCCGCCGCAGAGCAGAGCGGCUCGGGUGGCGCCACCUUGCAGUGCGAGCGAAGCCUUGACGAGAGCACGAGCACUGACAGCGAAGUGGUGACAUCUGGUGGCGACGUGGUCACGAGCGAAGCUGCACCGGCCGGCGACGUCGGCGGCAAACGAACAGCGCCCUCUAGCGGCCAGCAACGCUUCGGCGACGGCGACUCGCCGUCGUCUGCGGAGAGCGGCGGCGGUUCGACGACGCCCCCGCUCGCGCGCGUUGACGGUUGCCGCGGCGACGCCGGUACUCCGAGUCGACGAUCAAGCGACGACGAGACGGACAUGGAAGACUGCGACGUCAGCGUCGCGGAGGAUGCGCGACCCGUCGCCGCGACGACGGCCUCGCGAUCCGUCGCCGUGACGACAACGUCCGGUGUGGCCGCCACGCGCGAAGCCGACCCGCCCGUCGUCGUACUGGAAUGUUCGUUCUAA